UGUGGCUUCCAAUAAGUACAAAUUCUCUUUUUUUUAGUGGUCAAGUUCCGGUGACGACACCGAUUCGGAGGCUUCGACGAGCCAGGCACCAUCGACGAUUCUGGCGCAAAGUCAGGCGAAGUACGACUUCCUGAUGUUGCUCCAUCGUGUCGUUAGCGAAAGCACCGUAUGCUUGAUGAGCCAUGAAAGGCGUCAAACCCUGGUGAUGAUCGACAGACUCGCGUUCCAGGUGUCACUCAGUAUCUACAAUCCGCAGAGCACAGUUGCCGGUCAUACGCCACGAACGACACUCUUCUACCUCCCACGCAACACCACUCAAUGGAUUCCAGUGGUCUAA